AUGCUGGCCAAUAGGGCACUGGUGAAGCUCAUAGGCCAAUCCCCUGUGAAGUGGAUAAAAAUGAUUACUGAAACAUUGAUGAAGAAAAAGAAACCCCGCAACCUGGGAGAUGAAGACUCUCCAACCAUACAGGCUGAAGAGGAAAUGAAGACGCAUUUCGAAAACCACACGGAGAGGGUGUGUCAGAAUCUUCUAUCUCCCAGGCAACCCACUAACAUUGCAACCUGGAACAUCAGGACCAUGUACACAGCAGGAAAAACGUCAGUCAUAGCAAGUGAGAUGAGGAGAUACAAGAUCUCUAUCCUCGGUCUGUGCGAAACCAGAUGGCUCCAGACAGGAGAGGUGAAACUGGCCAGCGGUGAGUCCAUACUCUAUUCUGGACAUCCGGAUGAUAAAGCACCACAUACAGAGGGAGUGGCCUUUAUGCUCUCCAAAGAAGCACAGAGGGCCCUCAUCAGCUGGGAACCCAUUAAUUCCAGGCUUAUUACAGCAAGAUUCAAAACUACCCAUAAAAGAAUCAACCUACAACUCAUACAGUGUUAUGCACCCACCAACAACACAGAAGAGGAAACGAAAGACAUUUUCUAUAACCAACUACAACAGCUGCUCCAGGCCAGGAAAGAAAAAGACAUCACUAUACUCAUGGGCGACAUGAACGCAAAGGUGGGAAACGACAACAGUGGAUACCAACUGGUGAUGGGGAAACAUGGAAUCGGCUGCAUGAAUGAAAACGGCGAGAGAUUUGCAGACACCUGUGCUGACUACAAUCUGGUCAUAGGAGGGACAGUCUUUCCACAUAAACCCAUCCACAAAGCCACCUGGAUGUCACCUGAUCACACUACCGAAAAUCAAAUCGACCACAUAUGCAUAAACAGGAAGUUCAGGCGCUCUCUCCUAGAUGUCCGUGUGAAGAGGGGGGCAGACGCUGGGUCAGACCACCACCUACUGGCUGCAAAACUCCAGCUCAAGCUGAAGCGAUGCAACAACCCCACCAACACAAGAACAAAGUUCAACACCCAGCUCUUCCAGGACAUAGGAACAACUGAACUGUACCAAACCACCUUACAGAACAGGUUCCAAGCCCUGCAAGAAGAACAACACAAAUCAGUGGAAGAGCACUGGAGCAACCUGAAAAACAUAUGGAAAGAGGCGUGUCUAGAAGUAGUGGGGAGAAAAGCAACAAACCAUAAACCUUGGUUGUCAACAAACACACUGAAGAAAAUUGAAGAAAGGAGGACAAAAAAAGACACACUAAACAAAAGCAAAACCUGAGCAAAAAAGGCAGCAGCUCACAAAGAAUAUGAAACAGCAAAUAAAGAAGUGAAGAAAAGUGCAAAAUGUGACAAGCGGAAUUACAUUGAGAAUUUGGCACGGGAAGCAGAGGAAGCAGCUGGAAAAAACAACAUCAAAGAACUCUACAUGACCACCAAGAAACUAGCUGGUAAGUUUAGACAGACAAACACCCAGAUCAGGGAUAAACAGGGACGACUUCUCACCACCAAAGAAGAACAACAUCGAAGGUGGACAGAACACUUUAAGGAGCUGCUCAACAGACAGCCCCCUGCCCAAAAGGUAGAGAUCCCACCAGCCACACACACGCUGGACAUCAACUGUGGCCCCCCAACAAGAUCUGAGGUGAGGAAGGCCAUCAAGGAAUUGCGACGUGGCAAAGCAGCAGGGCCAGAUGACAUCCCAUCAGAGGCUCUACAAGCAGAUCUCGACACCUCAACCACCAUGCUCCACCAGCUAAUAAAGACCAUAUGGUUGGAAGAAGGAAACAUACCAACAGACUGGAAGGACGGGCUCAUUGCUGUCAUACCAAAGAAAGGAAACCUCAGGGAUUGCAACAGCUACCGAGGGAUCAUGUUGCUAUCAACACCAGGCAAAGUGUUCAGCCGCAUCAUCUUGGAGAGACUUCGUAAGGGGGUUGAUGAUGAACUGAGAGAAAACCAAGCUGGUUUCAGGAACAAAAGAUCGUGCACCGACCAAAUUGCUAGCCUCAGGAUCAUCAUUGAGCAGUCUAUAGAAUGGCGAACACCUGUUCAUGUCAAUUUCAUAGACUUUGCAAAGGCAUUUGACAGUGUAGACCGUGAAAUGCUAUGGAAACUCAUGGCACACUAUGGAAUCCCCACAAAGUAUACCAACAUCAUCAAGAACAUGUACUGGGACAUGCAAUGCAACGUACUCUUCCAGGGAUGCGCACAAGAAAAAUUCAAAGUACUCACUGGCGUGAAACAGGGCUGCCUGCUUUCCCCUUUCCUCUUCCUUCUGUGCAUUGACUGGAUCAUGGUACAAUCAACCCACAAUAAAAAGACUGGCAUCCAGUGGAGUCUAACAGAACAUCUGGAGGACCUCGACUUUGCGGAUGACAUCGCACUACUCUCCCAUAGCCACCAACAGAUGCAGGACAAAUCCGAACUGCUAGAAAAAACAGCAGCUGGACUUGGACUCAAAAUAAAUGGUCCAAAAACCAAAGUAAUGCGGAUAAACACCAAGAACACGGACCCAAUAACCAUCGGGGACCAGACGCUGGAAGAUGUCGACAAAUUCACCUACCUGGGAAGUGUGAUAGCUGUUGAUGGUGGGA